AUGGCAUCCGAUGAGACUGCGGAAGAUUUUUAUAUUUCACGAGCAUUGAAAAAAAGCCGACGAGACAACUACUCCAGACUUCUUGGUUCGGUUCCACUUGACGAAGUGAUGUUGGUUGGUGAAGAGGUUAAGGUUAAGAAACGCCAGCUGGUUACAUCCUAUCGAGAAGUAUAUGACGACAAGAAGAACGCAUACUCAGAGACUAAGGAAAUGAGUGAUCCAAACAAGCAAGCCUCCAACAAGGGCCAUGGACAUGGCUACCCCUCAACAACCUUUGCGGAUCUUCCGCCGGCAAGGUGGUCAAUCAAGAAGAAGAUUAUAGUGGAAGCACUCCAAUUCUAUUCAUCAAGCUCCUCGCCGUUGGAGAAAAAAGUCCAGGCCUCUUAA